UAUUUAUAUGUAAUCGUUUUCUUGUUUUUCAUCACUUUAAUUUGUUCAAUUUGUUGUAUUCGAUUUGUGUUUUCUGUGAAAUCAAAUUUGCUGUUCGAUAUCAAGAGUUGACGAUUUCAUCCCGUCUCAAUUUGGAGCAACAAUCCAGACAAUCUGUCGUAAGGUCAGAGAGAGUGUAGUUGCCCUGCAUCAAAAUUUGCAAACAUUUAUUUUAACAGCAGCAGGAAAUGGUCAAAAGCAAUGAUCAUGGGGUAUUUUGAUGUACAACAAGUACCAUGUCUCAAUGCUUAGAGGGGGUCAAGCAUUUAUUUGCUUCCCUGCUCCACUGCUGUGAUCUUGAAUCAUACAAACAAUUACCGGCCCUUGAAGAUCCUGAGGUUCUAGCCAGAGCGACAGUUUUUAGUGUAAGCGAAAUAGAAGCACUUUAUGAGUUAUUUAAGAAGAUUAGCAGUGCUGUGAUUGAUGACGGACUAAUCAAUAAGGAAGAGUUCCAAUUGGCAUUAUUCAAGACAAACAAAAAGGAGAGCCUGUUUGCUGAUCGGGUGUUUGACCUGUUUGACACAAAGCAUAAUGGAAUCCUCAGUUUCGAAGAGUUUGCAUGUGCACUAUCAGUAUUUCAUCCAAAUGCUCCAAUUGACGAUAAGAUCGAGUUUUCCUUUCAACUUUAUGAUCUCAAGCAGCAAGGUUUCAUAGAGAGGCAGGAGGUGAAGCAAAUGGUGGUGGCUACUCUUGCUGAAUCUGGCAUGAAUCUUUCCAGUGAUGUAAUUGAGAGCAUCAUUGAUAAGACGUUUGAGGAAGCGGAUACGAAACAUGACGGGAAGAUCGAUAAGGAAGAAUGGAGAAACCUUGUGCUACGACAUCCGUCCCUUUUGAAGAAUAUGACCCUUCAGUACCUCAAGGAUAUCACGACAACAUUCCCGAGCUUUGUUUUUCACUCAAGAGUUGAGGAUACCUGAUGGUGUUUACGUUUUCCGGUUUUUGUUCACAAGUUUUGCUCCGGUGAUUUGUUUGUAUACUUUUAUUAGACAUCAAUUUUGCAUAUAAAACAUUCGUUGUUUUAUUCACGCACUUUCUCAAAAAUAUGUUUACCUUUCAAUUUCCGUCUAAAGUACAUCUUUUGUAACAUAUUUACCG